AUGUGCCACCUCCCUGUUGGCGUGGAGCAUAGAGCAUAUUGGGCUGUCAAGGAGAUGAACAUGAACCCCCAGGCCUGUGAGGAGGAAAGAAAGCUGCAGUUGCAAGAACUAGAGGAACUCAGGCUUGAGUCCUAUGGACCCUACACGACCGUUGGGCUUCUAGCGAAUGGAGCUGUCGAGAUUCAGGGAAGCGCCUCUAACUCUAUCCCUUUCCUUGUUAAUGGUCAUAGAGUAAAAGUAUUUGGGGAUAGUUCGGAGCUGUGUAUAGUGGAAGAGAUUCCACUGCGCACGCUCUCCACUAUUGCCUAA